ACGAAAAAGGUAAACAAAUAAAAUUGUACCCAAAUUUCAAUAAUUAUUUGCUUUUAACUUCAGGAAUGGAAAAUAUAUCAGAAAAACGCACGCAGGAUCAAACUUCGACUGCGAAGAAAGUAAAAACUGACACUAAAGAUGAUCAUAAUAUUAAUAUAAACGAUGACUACAAAGCUUCAUCUUUUAUACAAUCCCUCUCUGAAUAUUUUGUAGAGAAAAAGUCUCACCAAUUUGAAAAUGGUGCCAAAAUAGUCACUGAUCCUUUUACUUGUUGCAUAUUGCCAAAUUUCCUUCAACCUUUGAAGGAAGUUGAUAAAAUUAAAGAUGAUGUUGAUGAAAUUGAUGUUGAAUUAAAAAUAAAUGAUUUAUAUCAAUUUAAACAGUCUGAAGAUUUAGCUGGGUGCUUAUAUGCAGGUGUUGAAGCAUUGAGGAAAUUGUUCAAUGGAAAUUGUUUAGAAUGGAUGAAAGACGUUACAAAGAUACCUUUGAGUGAUAAAGUUGAUAUGUCUUGUUCUUGCUAUACGUACACAGACCAUUUGCUGUGUCAUGAUGAUGAACUGGAAGGCAGAAGAAUAGCUUAUAUUUAUUAUCUAGUACCUGAGUGGGAAGAAAAAGAUGGUGGUACCCUAGACUUAUUUAAAUGUGAAAAUGGUCAGCCUACAGAAAUCAAGACUUCUUUUGUUCCAGUAUGGAAUAAUCUCGUCUUUUUCGAAGUUAGUCCUGAAUCUUAUCAUCAGGUUUCUGAAGUUCUUUCUUACAAAACAAGGACAUCCAUCAGUGGUUGGUUUCAUGGUCCUUCUAUCAAACGUCCAGAUCCUUACAAAGAAACAGUGCUUUUCAAAAAACCAUCAACAGUUACUGUUGAUAUUGAGAGUUGGAUUAAUCAUGCUUAUCUGGAUCCUGAAACUCAAAUAGAAAUUCGUGACAGUUUUGAAGAGAGCUCAGAGAUAGAACUAAUGACAUUUAUUCAAGAAGACAAAUAUGAAGAAAUUUGUAAGGCUCUAUCUUCUCAACAAAUAGAAUGGAAACAUCAAGGCCCUUGCAACCGAAGGAAAUAUGAUGAAGUUUCAAAUAUUGAACAAAGUCCCAUUCUCAAAGAGCUAGAAAAUUUAUUCUGUUCAGAGGACUUCUUGCUGUUGUUAUCACAUAUAACUGGGUUACGUUUAUGUCCCACUGAAGCAGAAGAUCAGUUCGAGAUGUCCGAGGUUUCAUCUUCAGUAAGGAGGUGGAAUCAUGGCUGUUACACAUUGCUCCAUGAUCAAUCUUUUACAAAAACACCCACUUUAAACAGUACAUUCUACAUGAACUUUGAAAAGUGGGACUCUCUGCACGGAGGUUACACAAGCUAUGUAGCAGAAGAAGAAAAAGAUGAGCUUCUACGAGUUGAUCCAAAAUCUAACUCUUUGGCUCUUGUUUAUAUUACUGAAGGAACUGCUGGUUUUGUUAAAUAUAUAAAUAAGCAGUCUACUCUUGAAUCUGAUUCUUGUUUUUACGACUUAUUCUGUUUGUACAAAGAGAGAUAAUGAAAUAAAUGUUUUUAAUGUAUCGCCAAAAUUUCUAUACAAAUAUGUCAUCUUUUAUCCUUUAAAUUACAAAUGUUUUAAUAAAAACAUCUUUUAAAGUAUGUAAUAGAUGUUAUGAAUUAAUUCAUAUUCUUUUUGCAUUUUUCAAAGAAUUCUAGUGCUUAUAAUAAGUUAUGAAUUUGCUUCAUGUAUGUGCUAGGUAUGCUAGUAGUAAAAAAUAAUUAAAUUAGCAUCAGUUA